GGGGCGGUGCCACGCAGAAGCAGCCGGGCGCACGACGGCCGUUCCGGCGCGAUGGAGGCUGGCGGUGGCGGCGCGUACGGGGCGGCCAAGGCCGGCGGUAGCUUCGACUUGGGUCGCUUCGUGCAGCAGCCGCAGGUUCUGACACGCAUUGCCAGUGCGGUCUUUGCCCUGAUCGUGUUCUCUUGCCUGAUCGGGGAGGGCUACACCAACGUGGCCACCGACCCCCAGCUCUUCUGCAUCUUCAACCGCAACGAGGAUGCUUGUCGCUACGGCAUCGGUAUCGGCGUCCUCGCCUUCCUCGCCUGCAUCUUCUUCUUUAUGGUGGACAUCUACUUCCCCCAGAUCAGCAACACCACCGACCGCAAGUACCUGGUCCUGGCAGACCUCGGCUUCUCAGGUCUCUGGACAUUCCUGUGGUUCGUCGGCUUUUGUUUCUUGACCAACCAGUGGUCCUUGACACGUGCUGGGGAUGUGCUCAUUGGGGCUGACUCAGCCCGUGCUGCCAUUACCUUUAGCUUCUUCUCCAUCUUCUCCUGGGGCCUGCUGAUCGCCUUUGCUUACAAGAGAUACAAAAUGGGAGUGGAGGACUUCAUACAAAGCUACAUUGACCCCACCCCAGAGGUUUCGACCCCUUACUCCAGCUACCCCAACAUCAGCCAUGACAGCUACCAGCAGCCACCCUUCACCCAGACAGCAGAAGCCCCAGAGGGUUACCAGCCCCCACCGGUGUACUGAGCCCUGGUGGGGACUGCUGUACCAGUGCAAUUCUCUUCAGUGGGGUGGGAGGGGAGGGACCUGUGACUUGAAAGGGGCAGAUGGGGUGAGAAGGUGGCAGCUACUUGGUGUGAUGGCCACCAGGCCUUGGUGCUGGGGUGCAGGGUGGGCAUGGUCUGAGUGAUGGAGCUGAGUUCCCCACCUCCAGUAUCCAGAGCCUGAUGCAUAGGGAAUGAUUCAGCACAUGGUGAAUGAUUUGCAACUACUGAUCUCAGCCCUGCAGCUCCAGGGAUGGGGUGUGUGAAGUGGCCCUGGCAAGAUCAAGCUCUUGCUCUGGAUGUUGUGCCUUUGGGGAAGCAGUGGGGUGUGUGGUUUGUCCCCCCAGUUCUGCCCUUGUCACUGCUGCCCCAGCUUGUCCUGGCACUGGUGCCUUUCCAGCCUUGCCGGCUGCAACUCCUCAAGUGCCAGGUCUGGCUACUGCAGCACAGCUGGGUGUCCAGCUCCUGCCUUCUGCCAGCUUCCCGUGCCUUUCCCCUUGGCUGCUGCUGGGUGAGCUUAAUGCCAAAGCCGUGUCUUCUGACUGUAAAAUCCCAUGCUGUGCCUUCCACAGCCUGUGCUAGAGCCGCUGGUGCUCAGAUGAUGUGGUUUGGGACCUGUGGGAGCAGUGAGUGCUGGGAUCUCAGCAGGGCUGUGUCUGAGGGAGCUCCUGGAGAGCUUUCGUGUUGACACAGUACUUGGCACCCCCUGAUGGCCUCCCACCAGGCACUGCAUAUGCAGAGGUGAGGCUGCCAUCCCAUGGACCUGCUCACAGCCCGUGCAGGCUGGUCAGCUCAGGUUGUUUGCUGCUGUUGCAAAGCUGUUCCCAGCAGCAGUGUGCGGUGUGUGAGCUGUUGCUGCUGGUGUUCAAAUAGUUAUUUGUUUGCCACUGUAGAGAUGGAAUAAACUUUUUCACCUCGCCA